CGACGGUGUAGUACGCACACCGGCGUGUAUAAGAAUGUAAGACGACUCCGGCGGCGAGCCAGAUUGAUUCCAGCAAAGUCAGGCUAAAAUCGUAGAACUAACCAUGCUCUUCCAUAACCCCUGCCCACAGAACAGUUUUUCAUACAUCCGUGAUCUCACAUCAUCCUACACCGACAAGAGAAAUGACUCUGCCAUGGUGUCCGCCUCCGUCAUCAUGUUCGCCCUCACCGGCCUGUUCUUCAACCUCAACCUCUUCAGCGGCGUCUCUGACGUCAGCGCCAUCGUCCACCCCAAAGUCCGCCUCUUCCUCUCCUCGGCACUCUCCCUCUUCCUCCCCGUCAUGUCCUACCUCUUCUCCGAGGCCAAGAAUGCCGGGUUCUCAUCGAGCCCCACCCCCACCCCAUUGACGACGACGGACCUGUCGCUGAGGGCUGUACUUAUCCUGGCAUGGAUGCUUCUGGUGGAGCUCCUCCGCAAGAAAGUGGACGUGAUCCACAUGCACAGCUACUCGGGCACCGUCCAGCGUGCCGCACGCGUCAUCUGGCUGGGAAACCUUGUCUUCUUCAACAUCAGGGCCAUCAGUCGGAAGGUGGUGUUCAGCGUCCUUUGGAUCAUCUGCGCUACCAAACUUGUGCAGAGAAUCGCCUUCACCGAGGCCGGGAAGCGCUCGUACGCCCAUGGCAAGAACGCCCGGGUCAUCAGCUCCUACAUGGCUCAGAUGCUAGUAGAGCACUGUCGUUUGAGUAGUGCCCGUGAUGUGGAGCAGCAGCAGGGAGGAGACGAGCUGCUCAAGAGGUGCAAGUACAUUGUCAUGGGAGAAGAGGAGCUAGUGGAGGAGCCCACUGCCGAUGGCUACAAGCUGAAAAAGGUGACCUCAGACUCAGAUAGCAGCAGCAGCAUCGUCACAGUGGGGAAAGUUUGGGAGUUUGCCGAUGAACACAAGCUCUUCAAUUCCUCGGACAAAAAUGACCAGCUGAAAAGGAUCUGCCUCUCAUUUGCUCUCUUCAAGUUGCUUCGUCGAAAGAUCGAGCACCCGCAGGGGAUGACCGGCAAAGAAGCCUGCGAUUGCCGGGACCUCAUAUUGAGGGGCCUGUACAACAAUGGUGGAAGAAGCAGGGCUGAGGCACUAUUCCAGGUGAUGAACGAUGAGGUCACCUUCCUCAGUGAGUACUACCACUCUGUUGUCCCCGUCGUCCUUGCAAGCCCCUUCUUCCUCUUCGUCAACUACUUUCUUCUCCACAUAGUCGUAAUCAUGUUGUGCCUCAUGACCAUAGUCAUAUGUGGAAAUGGAGAUGUGAGCAGCGCAUUCCAUAGCAUCAGUGCAGACAGCAACCUUUUAAGAUCUAACGUCGGCGACCUAGUCAUAUGCCUUGCAAGUAGAGCUGCCUUUUCCACAGCGGCCUUCUUCUCCAUAGUAGACCUCUCUAUCACCCUUCUUCUAUUUCUGAUUUUCUUCUACGAGGAAAUCUGGGAGUUGCUUGUUUUCCUGCUCUCCAACUGGUUCAUGGUAUCAUUGCUCUACAACCAUAUACUAGCAGCUAAUAAACCCCAAAGGCGCGGCGGCGGCCGCCGCACCUUUAGCAGGGCUCUUCGUAUUGUCAUGUGGCUACGGAGCAAGAUGAGCCACGCCAACAUCAGCUUCAAGCAGUUUUCUGUGUUGAGCCUUGGCUGGCCACUUGACCUAUUACCUCUGUUCCCCAUACCCUACGUGGUUGUGCAAACGAGGCUGGUACCGAACACCUUGAAGCAAUCCAUCUUGGAUUACCUGGUGGAACAUGACGACGGCCGUGGUGGUCGUCCUCUUACUAACGGCAAGUCUGCACUGCGAAGGAACAGUCUUUUCCACCGGCUCUCCUGGGCGUGCAAGAGUGACAGCGCCGCGGAGGUCAUCCUCACCUGGCACAUCGCCACCAGCAUCCUGGAGGCCAAGUGCGCCCCUCAGCAUCGGACUGCUACUGCUACUGCUAGUAAUAAGGAGGAAGCUGCUGCUGCAGCAGCCUUGAUGAUGAUGAGCAGGGUGGCCAUUAGACUGUCCAAGUACUGCGCUUACCUGGUGGCGUUCCACCCGGAGAUACUGCCUGACGAUAACCAGGAGAAGGCGGAGCUUGUGUUCGAGGCCAUGUACAAGGAACUCAAGAGCAUGCUUGGGUGUCGAGAGUACUACCUGUCUUCGCAGUGCGCACGGAUCGACAAGAUCUUGGAGACCGCCAGCAGCUGGGAAAGGGAUGACCAAGAAACUACAGCAGGCGGCGGCGGCGGCGGCCACCAGAUUGUGAGGAACGGAGCCAAGUUGGGCAGGUCUCUAAUGGCGGAAGCUAGCAGCAGCAACGAUCCACGAGCAGCGUGGAAGGUUGUAGCCGACGUGUGGACGGAGAUCGUCAUGUACGUGGCGCCAUCAGGCGACCAGGAUCGCUUCAAGAAGGGGCACGAGGACCUCCUGGCGCAAGGAGGCGAGUUCAUCUCCGUGCUCUGGGCCUUGUCCACUCACAUCGGCAUGUCUAGGCCGCCGGCCGACAAAUCGGCGGCGGGUGAGGAGCAUCCGGAGGAAGCGCUCGAGGAGUAAACUGGAUUCAUUCGGCGUCUGUUGUGUGCGUUCCCGCGCCUGCAGGCUGCAGCCAGCUUAGGAUUGCAUUGAUGUGUGUUUGUGUUGGCGUGCUGUGUAAAGACAAGAGAAUGCUUGUUUGGUUUGGAUUCAUCAUCAUCUUGUUCCGGUGAGAUUUGUUCAUAUAGAAAACUAAACCUCCUA